UUAAAGCGACUAUAAAGUCCAAAACAUAAUCAUUAAAAUAUUUUAAAAUGUUUACAAAAUGUAUUAUAAAUGAAACAACGUUUCAAAUUUAUGUUAACAGAAUGAUGAAAAAAAAUAAUCAAAUUCUGAACUCUACUAAUAUGUUUUUAAAAAUAUGAAUUUUUAGUCUCAAGUUUGUCACAGCUUUAAGUAUUGAAAUAGUGAAAUUAUGAAAAUUAAAAAACGGCUUGGAAUUAUUAUUGUAUUUUGUUUAAUUAUUUUGGUUCAUUUAGUAUCAAAUGAUUUAGUAAAAUUUAUUAAAAAUAAAUUCAAUUAUUUCUCCAAUGAUGACAUUUCUUGUUACCGAAUACCUGCAAUUGCAGAAAGCAAUUUUCCAAUUUUUGAUUCUGCUUCAGGAAAAAACAUAUUUUUUCAUGAGACUUCUUGUGUGACUAAAAGUGGAACAUUCAAUAUUAAUUGUCGGCAAGCAUGUGCAAUCGAAUCUGCAGCUUAUUCUAAUGCAGAAAUGUCAGUAAUUUUGUUAUAUAUAAACCCGUUCAAGUUAUCAAAUCAUUCUCUGAAUCUCAUUAGUAAACUUUUAAAAUACUAUCCAAAUAUUCAAGUGAGACGAAUACUCGUUGAAGAAUAUAUGAAAUAUACUCCAAUUGAAAAAUGGUUUGCAAGUGGAAUACUUCAAUCCAGCCGUUGGCCAAAUAGUCACAUGUCAGAUAUAUUACGAUAUCUUACUCUUUGGAAAUUUGGUGGAAUAUAUCUUGACCUUGAUGUCGUGGUAACUACUUCUCUUGUUAAUUUAACUAAUUUUGCUGGAGCUGAAGAUUGGAUGGACGUAGCUGCGGGAGUUAUUAGUUUCAGUGAAAAUGGACUUGGAAGAAGAAUAGCUAAUGGUUGCUUACGUGAUCUUAUGCGCAAUUUUAGAGGAGACCUUUGGGGAAACAAUGGACCAGGAGUCAUUACGAGAACUCUACAAAAAUUUUGUUCUGUAAAAUAUGCGAAAGACAUGACAUCCAAAAGAUGCAAUGGUUUCAAAGUAUUUCCUCCAUCAGUAUUUUAUCCAAUUUUUUACAAAGAUUGGCGUCGCUACUUUCAAACGGAAGAUUUCAAUGCAACUAUGAAAUUAAUUAAUAGUGCUCGUGCGAUUCAUCUUUGGAAUAAACUCAGUUUUGCAGAAAAAGUAUAUCAUAACAGUAAAGUGCCUUACGCAAUAAUCGCAGAAAAAUAUUGUCCUCAUACAUUUAACGAAUGUACCCCAGUUUUCUAAAAAACAAUAUCAAAUUUGAUAAAUUCAAGAUAUUUUAAAAAUGAUAAAAUGAACUUUACUCAAAAAUAUAUUUUAUUCGAUAACUUUAUUCCUGAAUUAAUCUUCAUGGAAAAAGAAGGCAGAGAGGUAAGAGAGAAAAAGAAGAAAAGGGCACAGAAGAAAAGUUGUAAAAAAAUGCAUAAAAAAUAUAUUAAAUGGCGAAUUUGGGUCGUGAGGAAGAGUGGACGGGGAGGGGAGGUAGAAAAAAGGCGUUGAAAGUGUUUUUUUUUCCUCAAGACUGUAUACUGUGACAAGCGCGUUACACUCGUCAUAUCUCUCUGGGAAAAAUCAUAUGAUGUUUUGGCAUGAUUUAUUAUAUG